AUGCCCAGCACCCAGGGGCCCUUCUUCUUCCCCAUGGCCCACUUCGUCCUCUUUGUCUUCACGGCCUCCACCAUCUUUCACCUUCAGCAGCGGCUAGUGAAGAUCCAGCCCCCGUUGGCAGCCCAGAGGCUGGAGCCCGCGGAAACCAAGGACAAUGCCUCCAGCGCCCCGAGCUCCCCAAGCUCCGGGCCCAGGGGCAUGUGGACCAUCAACUCCCAAGGCCGCCUGGGCAACCAGAUGGGCGAGUACGCCACGCUGUACGCCCUGGCCAAGAUGAACGGGCGGCCGGCCUUCAUCCCCGCCCAGAUGCACAGCGCGCUGGCGCCCAUCUUCAGGAUCUCCCUGCCGGUGCUGCACGGCACCACGGCCAGCAGGAUCCCCUGGCGCAACUAUCACCUCAACGACUGGAUGGAGGAGCAGUACCGCCACCUCCCCUGGGAGUACGUGCGCCUCACGGGCUACCCCUGCUCCUGGACCUUCUACCACCACCUGCGCCCCGAGAUCCUGCGGGAGUUCACGCUGCACGACCACGUGCGGGAGGAGGCGCAGACGUACCUGCGGGGCCUGCGCGUGAACGGGAGCCGGCCGGCCACCUUCGUGGGCGUCCAUGUGCGCCGUGGGGACUAUGUCCACGUCAUGCCCAACGUGUGGAAGGGCGUGGUAGCCGACCGCGGGUACCUGCGACAGGCCCUGGACUGGUUCCGGGCCCGCCACCCCGCCCCCGUCUUCGUGGUCACCAGCAACGGCAUGGCCUGGUGCCGGGAGAACAUCGACGCGUCCCAGGGGGACGUGGUGUUCGCGGGCGACGGCGUGGAGGGCUCCCCCGCCAAGGACUUCGCGCUGCUCACUCAGUGCAACCACACGGUCAUGACCAUCGGCACCUUCGGGAUCUGGGCCGCCUACCUGGCGGGCGGAGAGACCGUCUACCUGGCCAACUACACCCUCCCGGACUCGCCCUUCCUCAAAGUCUUCAAGCCAGAGGCGGCCUUCCUGCCCGAGUGGGUCGGGAUUGCGGCCGACCUUUCCCCGCUGCUCAAGCCCUGAGACCGGCCUGCCCUGGGCACCCCCUUCUCCUUGUCGGGCUCCCCCAAGACCAGACCCACGCACGAGGAGCACCCUGUUACAUGGACCAGCACCCUUCCCUCUUGCCUCAGAAUACCUCCGGCCGCCAGUAGCAGAGUC